AUGUCUGUACUUUGCUGCGGUCAAAGUGACUCUAAUUUGCCAAGGCAGACCUUCAUCAUCGCUCGCACAAUACAAGUUCAGCCGCCUUUCCCUUUCAUUCUUCGGGUGGUCUGUGAUCUUCCAUGCACGGAUUCAAAGCAUAGAAUCGAAAGAGGUUACCUUUCUGUACUGGUCUUAGAUCUCUGCUCUGACUCUAUUCCAUUCCGUCAGCUUUGGAUGGACAAGUUGCCAAAUGCAACUAAAAGAGAGACCUCAGGGUCGAUGGCAAACUGCCGAAUCCCUUGUUUAAAGCUUCCCUCCCGUAACUCACUAGGCCCUUUGUGGCGCGAAGUGCGCUGUAUGGGGCUUUUAGGUGCCGUUCUUGGCACAAUCUGUAGCCGUGGAAUAGAUAGCCCCCUUUACAUUACUACAUUACACAGGGGGUAA